CAGAGAGGAGCAGUCCACUCGACGACCCGACCCAGCGCGCACCAGCAAGUGUCCGUCGAAGCAAAAACGCGCGCGGCCCUUCCAGUGGGCCACCGGAACCGCCCGGACGCGCGUGUCAAGCGCUGCGAGCGCAUUCGGCGUGCACGCUCUGAAAACAUGGGUAGUAUGGGUCAUCGAUCGCAAUAUCCAGCGCGCGCGCCGCCGGGCCGCGCGCGCCGCACCGCGCAUCGCUCCGCCAAAUAUCGGCUAUCGGUCGCGCAUCCAGCGCGCGCCGCGGCGCGCGCACCAAUGUCCGCAUCGCGCCGCGCGCAGGCGCGAUGGCCGCCUACGACGGGAAGACGCCCUUCAUCCUGCUCGCGCGGUGCCACAUCAAGCCCGACGCCGACGUCGACGCCUACCUCGCGGCCGCGCGCGUCGCCGACAAGGCCGUCAUGGAGUCGGAGCCGGGCAUGCUGCACCACACCUUCGACGUGGAUCCCGACGAUCCGCGCAUGUUCGUCUGGAGCGAGGUCUACAAGGACGACGAGGCGCUGCUCUUCCACCUCACGAACCCGCCCCUGCAGAAGUUCGUGCAGCAGCACUCCGAGGAGUUCGGCGACGGCUUCUCCAUCGAGAUCUACGGCACGCUCGACGCGGAGACGAAGAAGAAAUUAGACGCGACGGGAUUUCCCAUCAAGUACUUCGACACGAAGCUCGGCUACUCGCGCGUCAACGACGCCAAGUGCGCCGUCAUGUGAGUGAACACGACGUCGUGCGCCGUCAUGCGAGCGCACAAGCGCGCGCGCCGUCCAAAGCCGCGGAACGCGCGAGGAAGACCCAGCGAAACACGCCGCGCUAAAAGACG